UGUCCCUGCCACUGCUAUGUGGGGUGGUGCUCAACUUACGGGCGCCCAGGCGCGAGUGUUUGCGUUUCCUCACUGCCUUUUCUUGAAGACAACGAUGCCAAAGAAAGUGAAGCCUGCAGGGGAUGGGAAGGAAGAGGGGCCUGUUCCCUGUAAGCAGGUGAAGGUGGAGGCAGCUGGUGGGCCUUCCCCUUUGAACCUUGACAGUCCCAGUGGCCUCUUUGAAAGUUUAAUCUCGCCCAUCAAGACAGAGACUUUUUUCAAGGAAUUCUGGGAGCAGAAGCCCCUUCUUAUCCAGAGAGAUGACCCUAUGCUGGCCACAUAUUACCAGUCCCUGUUCAGGCUCUCAGAUCUGAAGAGUCUGUGCAGCCGGGGUAUGUACUAUGGAAGAGACGUAAAUGUCUGCCGGUGUGUCAAUGGGAAGAAGAAGGUUUUAAAUAAAGAUGGCAAAGUGCACUUUCUUCAGCUGAGAAAAGAUUUUGAUCAGAAAAGGGCAACAAUUCAGUUUCACCAACCUCAGAGAUUUAAGGAUGAGCUUUGGAGGAUCCAGGAGAAGCUGGAGUGCUACUUUGGCUCGUUGGUUGGCUCGAAUGUGUACAUAACCCCUGCGGGUUCUCAGGGCCUGCCGCCCCAUUAUGAUGACGUAGAGGUUUUCAUCCUGCAGCUGGAGGGAGAGAAACACUGGCGCCUCUACCACCCGACGGUGCCCCUGGCGCGGGAGUACAGCUUGGAGGCUGAGGACAGGAUCGGGAGGCCGGCACACGAGUUCACACUGAAGCCGGGAGACUUGCUGUACUUUCCCAGAGGGACCAUUCACCAGGCGGACACUCCCUCAGGGCUGGCCCACUCCACGCACGUGACCAUCAGCACCUACCAGAGCAGUUCAUGGGGAGAUUUCCUUUUGGACACCAUUUCAGGGCUCGUGUUUGAUACUGCAAAGGCAGACGUAGAGCUACGGGCCGGCAUACCCCGGCAGCUGCUCCUGGUGGAAACCACAGCCGUUGCAACAAGAAAAUUAAGUGGCUUUCUGAGGAUGCUUGCAGACCGGCUGGAGGGCACCAAAGAACUGCUUUCAGCAGACAUGAAGAAGGAUUUUGCUAUGAACAGACUCCCACCUUACUAUUUGGGAGAUGGAGCAGAGCUUUCAACACCAGGUGGACAGUUACCGGGGUUGGAAAGCACUGUGAGGCUGCAGUUUAGAGACCACGUCGUCCUCACUGUAGGACCCGAUCAGGACCCAUCCGAUGAAACUCGAGAGAAGAUGGUUUACAUCUAUCAUUCCUUAAAGAAUAGGAGAGAGACACACAUGAUGGGAAAUGAGGAAACAGAGUCUCAUGGACUUCGCUUUCCUUUAUCACAUAUCGAUGCACUGAAGCAAAUUUGGAACAGUUCAGCUAUUUCUGUCAAGGACCUGAAACUUACUACAGAUGAGGAAAAGCAAAGCCUGGUAUUAUCCCUCUGGACAGAAUGUUUAAUCCAAGUAGUCUAGUGCCUUUGCUUCUUUUUUAAUAUGUAUAUACAAAAUAGUAGACACUUGAUUCUGCAAAGAUUUACGUGCUAGGGAGCCCCUGUUGCUUUGAACCAAGGACAUAAUGAAUGAAACUUUCCUUACCUGUGUAUCUAAUAACAUGAGACCUACUGUUACAGGUGACCAGUUGGCCAUAUGUACUAACAGAGGUACAUAGAAGAAAGAACAGCAAAUUACUAAAUGUCCCAGGUGACAAAAACAGUACUUACUUCUUGACAAGUUUAUUUAAUCCAGUGUGGUAGAAAAGGCACAGCUCAAUAAAUGUAUCAUUUAAAUUUAAAUGUUGUUACCUGGCUUUGUCUUUGUUCUUUGGAAGAAACAACUUCUUUAAAGAGCCUCACUGGCUCUAGAAAAAUUUUAAACAAUUAACAUGAAGAAUUUUUUAACUUGUUUUUUUACAGUGAAAAUAUACAUACCUUUGUGUAUACACAAGGCCUCCCAUUAAAAUAAAGUUACCCUAUAACAUCAGUUUCAUUAAAUAAUACUGCCACACUAACAGGCACUCACAUCUGUGGGCAUAAAAUAGUUUUACAGGUGUUGUUUGAAAGAUGACAAAAGAGCCUGAGAUUGAAGGGAAGAAAAAAAAAAACCAAUAAUAUUUACAUGGAAAGACCAAGUCUCUAUAAAAACUACUCAAAAUAGUGGGUCUUUGAGUUUAAACAGUUCACUGUUACUUUACAUUCUAAAGUGCAUAUAGGUUGAUAUUUUAAAAAAUACCAUUGGAGAAUUUAAUCUUUCUGUAUAUAAAAAUAGAGCAGACCUUUUUCUGCUUUCUGGCAAAAGUUGGGGAUGAAGGGAACAGUUGCCCAACUCAGGAGGGAAAAAUGCUUGAGAACUGUGUAGUGAUGGUGGUAAUGAUUACUUGAAACUAAGUCAAAGACGGUAUCCUAGCUGAUUUUGCUUGAAUGAAAGCUAUUUAAAAUGGGAGUGAAAAACUGAGUUUUCUGUCACAUUUUAUAAAGUAGAGUGGUAUAGUCAAGGGUCAAAUACUACUUGGUCUUAAUUUGAACAUCUGAAAUUUCCCUUUACUUCAGGCAAAGAAAAAUUUGACUAUUCUUACACGUAGGUGACAGAGUCUUUAUAAACACUUCUUGAGGGUAGAUCAGGUGAGGUCUCAGAACCAGGAUAGGUAAAGCCCUGGUUACUUACAGUCUUGUCACCCAGAAGGGUGUCUCUGUUAAUACUUAGAGUGCAAGGACAGCCGCCGGCUAUUUGUGCUUUUUUAGUUUGAAGGACCCGAGCAAAGAACAGCCACAGAAAACACUCCUGUACUUGAGCCUUUUCCUUACAAAGCUGAGGUCCCUCCCUGGGGUCAGUUACAAGUGUGAAUACUUACGGUGCUUCAGUUAUAAACGCUUCAAUAGGGAACCUUUAAUGUUUAUCU